AUGCGACGACUCCCUAUGGAGCAACAUGGCCGUAUACACACCGAAGACAUUGUCGAGGGAAACAACAAUGCGUCAAAAGAGGGUCUCUCGAAGCUGCGAAAAUGGGCCAUUACAUUGACCUUAUCAUCCAUGACUAUGUGGAUCACGUUUGCAUCCAGCGUCUUCUCGACGGGAACCCGAGCGAGCUCCAGGAAAUUUGACGUCCCCACCGAAGCCAUGAACCUGGGUACCGGCCUGGUCGUCUUUGGCUUUGCUCUGGAGCACCCUUGA